AUGGCACCCGCGAUUGGUAUCGAUCUUGGUACUACCUACUCUUGCGUAGGUAUCUUCCGAGAUGACCGCAUUGAGAUUAUCGCCAACGACCAGGGUAACCGGACAACACCUUCGUUCGUUGCCUUCACCGACACCGAGCGUCUCAUUGGUGACUCCGCAAAGAACCAAGUCGCCAUGAACCCUAUCAACACCGUCUUCGACGCCAAGCGCCUCAUCGGCCGCAAGUUCGCCGACGCUGAGGUCCAGGCCGACAUGAAGCACUUCCCCUUCAAGGUCAUCGACAAGGGCGGCAAGCCAGUCAUCCAGGUCGAGUUCAAGGGCGAGGAGAAGACUUUCACACCCGAGGAGAUCUCAUCCAUGGUCCUGGUCAAGAUGAGGGAAACCGCCGAGUCCUACCUCGGUGGCACCGUCAACAACGCUGUCGUCACUGUCCCCGCAUACUUCAACGACUCGCAACGUCAGGCCACCAAGGAUGCUGGUCUCAUUGCCGGCCUCAACGUCCUCCGUAUCAUCAACGAGCCCACCGCCGCUGCCAUCGCCUACGGUCUUGACAAGAAGACCGAGGGUGAGCGCAACGUCCUCAUCUUCGACUUGGGUGGUGGUACUUUCGAUGUCUCCCUCUUGACCAUUGAGGAGGGUAUCUUCGAGGUCAAGUCUACUGCCGGAGACACCCACUUGGGUGGUGAGGACUUCGACAACCGUCUGGUCAACCACUUCACCAACGAGUUCAAACGCAAGCACAAGAAGGACUUGACCUCCAACGCUCGUGCUCUCCGCCGUCUCCGAACCGCCUGCGAGCGGGCCAAGCGCACCCUGUCCUCGUCCGCGCAGACCUCCAUCGAAAUCGACUCCCUGUACGAGGGUAUCGACUUCUACACCAGCAUCACCCGUGCCCGUUUCGAAGAGCUCUGCCAGGACCUCUUCCGCUCCACCAUGGAGCCCGUCGAGCGUGUCCUCCGCGACGCUAAGAUUGACAAGUCCUCCGUCCACGAGAUCGUCUUGGUCGGUGGAUCCACCCGUAUCCCCAAGGUCCAGAAGAUGGUCUCCGACUUCUUCAACGGCAAGGAGCCCAACAAGUCCAUCAACCCCGACGAGGCUGUCGCCUACGGUGCUGCCGUCCAGGCCGCUAUCCUGUCUGGUGACACAUCUUCCAAGUCCACCUCCGAGAUCCUGCUUCUCGACGUCGCGCCGCUCUCCAUCGGUAUCGAGACUGCUGGUGGUGUCAUGACUGCUCUCAUCAAGCGCAACACCACUAUCCCCACCAAGAAGUCCGAGGUCUUCUCCACUUUCUCCGACAACCAGCCUGGUGUGCUUAUCCAGGUCUACGAGGGUGAGCGUGCUCGCACCAAGGACAACAACCUGCUCGGAAAGUUCGAGCUCACCGGUAUCCCACCUGCGCCCCGUGGUGUUCCUCAGAUCGAGGUCACCUUCGACGUCGACGCCAACGGUAUCAUCAACGUCUCCGCCCUCGAGAAGGGUACCGGAAAGACCAACAAGAUUGUCAUCACCAACGACAAGGGCCGUCUGUCCAAGGAGGAGAUCGAGCGCAUGUUGGCUGAGGCUGAGAAGUACAAGGCUGAGGACGAGGCUGAGGCUGCCCGUAUCUCUGCUAAGAACGCUCUCGAGUCCUACGCCUACUCGCUCCGCAACACCCUCAGCGACUCCAAGGUCGACGAGAAGCUCGAUGCCGGCGACAAGCAGAAGCUCACCGCCGAGAUCGACAAGACCGUCCAGUGGCUCGACGACAACCAGACCGCCACCAAGGACGAGUACGAGUCCCAGCAGAAGGAGCUUGAGGGUGUCGCCAACCCCAUCAUGAUGAAGUUCUACGGAGCCGGUGGUGAGGGUGGCAUGCCCGGCGGUAUGCCCGGUGGCGGUAUGCCCGGCGGUGGUGCCCCUGGUGGUGCCGGCGGCGACGACGGCCCCACUGUCGAGGAGGUCGACUAA